GUGUGCUCUUGAGAUCUGGGGAGGGGGGCAAAAGUCAGGAGAGAGCAAAUAAAAAGAAAUCAAACUAAGCUCCCCCUCCCCAGAAGAAACUUGCCCUCCAGCCACCACUCACACACACAUCGAAGGCCUCUGAACAUAGUCACCUUGCUGGAGGAACAGCCAGACAGAACUGACCUGCUUCUGCCCCUCCUCCUCUCCCCUUCCGGUGAAUGAGGGGCUGUGGUGGAUGGUCCCCCUGUCUUGGAGCCCUGGGUGGACAAAGGAGCUUCCGGAAAGAGAGGAGGAGGAUGGCCAGUGGGAAUGGGCUCCCUUCAUCCUCGGCCCUGGUGGCCAAGCGCCCCUCCGCCCUGGGCCCAUUCCCCAGAUACAUCUGGAUCCACCAGGACACACCCCAAGACAGCCUAGACAAGACUUGCCACGAAAUCUGGAAGAGAGUUCAAGGCUUGCCCGAGGCCUUGCAGCCCAGGACCUCAAAGGAACAGCUGUCUGCCCCCAUGACUGGGACCCCAAGAGACAACAGGCUCGGCUUCCAAGAAGAAGCUCUGGAGCUCAGCCGUGAUAAAGAUGAGAUCUCCCUGUUGGUGGAGCAGGAGUUCUUAAGCCUGACCAAAGAGCACCUCAUUUUGGUCACAGAGAGCUCGGAGGAGCUGGAGGCCCCCGGCACCUCUCCCGAGGGACCCAGACAGCUGGCUCCCUGCCUUCUCAUACCUCCUCCAGUGGCGGACAGCAGUGAGUACCCGGGGACCUCCAUCAUUGCUGGUGAUACGCUUCUUGAGCCGAAGGUGGCCAUGUCUGUCAUCAGCAGCCGGCCGGACUGUGAUUCUGUCAUGUCUACUGUCACGGGAAUUCUGCGUGCUGCUAAGGUCAAGAGUGUCAAGGGGACAGAAGAUGGGGGCCACAGCCUGGGUGCCUCUAACUCAGAGAUCGGCAAGCUCCUGGCUCAGUUCCCAUUCAAGUCCACAGAAACGUCCAAGGCUCCUGACAACAAGAUGGUGUUGGAGGAGACAAGGGUCAUCAAGGACUUCUUGCAGAACAGCAUGUUCGGUGGCCCAGGACCCAGGGAGCCCAUGGGGCUGGGCCCAUUCCUACUGCUACCGCCUCCGCCUCUGUCUGCACCUCCUGAGAAGCUCCCUGAGCUCCCUCCUCAGAAGAGGCAGCUCCCAGUGUUUGCGAAGAUCUGCUCCAAGCCCGAGGCUGACUCUGCUAUGGAGGGGCACCUCUUGAUGGAAUGGAACCCUAGCACCAAGGAUCCAACCAAGGGUCGAGAGAGCCUCUUUCUCAGUCAGUGGCCCCAGAGCCGGAAGGACACCAGUGGUGAGGAGAGUUGCAGUGACCCAAUAGGCUCCAUGUCCAUGGCCCUGCCAUCCACGAAGUCUGUAUGGCCAGCUGAGAAGAACCUGUUCUAUGAGUUUCUUGGGGCCACCAAAAACUCCAGCGGGCAGCUGAAGCUUCGCAGCAAAAUGGAGGUGGACGGGCUGGAGCUGAAACUUAACCCACCUGUGACGGUGGCCGACAAGAACAACCUCAAGUACACAGGGAAUGUAUUCACCCCACGCUUUGCCACGGCCUGGACCUCAGCAACCUUGAACCAGCCACUGUGGCUCAACCUCAACUAUCCACCUCCGCCCGUGUUCACAAAUCACUCCACCUUCCCACAGUAUCAGGGCCUGUAUCCACAGCGUGCAGCCAGGAUGCCCUAUCAGCAGGCCCUGCACCCCCAGCUGGGCUGUUAUUCCCGACAGGUGACACCAUACAAUCCACAGCAGAUGGGACAGCAGAUUUUCCGCUCUUCCUACACCCCCCUGCUGGGCUACAUCCCCUUUGUGCAGCCCAGCUAUCCAUACCCUCACAGGACACCUCCAAAGCUCUCCGCCAAUCCCCGAGACCCUUCCCCCAUGGCAGGAGAUGGGCCGCAGUACCUCGUCCCCCAGGCGUACGGGUUUGGCUCGACGGCUGGUGGGCCCUUGAUGAAUAGCCCCUAUUUUUCCUCCAGUGGGAAUGGCAUAAAUUUUUAGAUGGUCUUCUCUUCUCCCCCCUCCUACCUUAGCCCUUGGAUCAGGGCUAAGGACUCUGGAAUUCUGGAUUCUGUAAUAGCAGCGUGGCAUGAAGUUGGAGAAGCCAAGGCUCCGACCAGGUCAUAGACAGAAAACAGCAAGACCAGACUCAUCUGUUGACCAGCUCUCUCACACACAUAGCCCCCCUCACACACAUCACCCGCCACACAUGCACCUCCCUCAUAUUCACACUCACCUGCUCAGCCAUCUAUGCACAUGUAUUUAGCUGACAUGAGUGAUUUUUUGUUUUUGUUGUUGUUGGUAAAAUAGAAAUAAGACACUUAAUUUUAGAACGUUUGUAUUUUAUGAUAAAAGUGAGAGCUGCUU